AUGACUGCUGCAAACUUUGUAACGAAAUCUUCCGAACAAAACACGAACGAAUUCAAUAAACCAGGAUUCGAGACAAGUAAAGCAGAGUUUGCAGUACCAAGACUUAUAGGAACAGAUUACAUGUAUAAACAUCAAGUGGUUUGGAAGAAUGCCAUUGGAUUUUUGAUAAUGCACAUUUUGGCCGUUUGGGGACUUGUUUUGUUUCUCACAGGAGCUUUAUCAUGGAAAUCCUUCGUAUGGGCAUUCCUCAUCGGAUUAUUAUCAAGCGAAGGAAUCACAAUUGGAGCUCAUAGGUUUUACACUCACAAGUCGUUUAAGGCUACUCCCGCUUUGAGAGCUGUAUUUCUAUUAUUUCAAACCAUGGCUGGACAGAAUUCCAUGUUUAUCUGGUGUCGCGACCACAGACUGCACCACCGCUACUCCGACACAGACGCCGACCCUCAUAACUCGAAGCGUGGCUUCUUCUUCUGCCACAUCGGAUGGCUCAUGACCAAGAAGCACCCCUACGUCAUACAGCUCGGCAGAAGGAUCGACAUGAGCGAUCUCCAGGCUGAUUGGAUGGUCAUGUUCCAAAAGAAGUAUUAUUAUUAUCUAUACGUACUACUGGCUGUAGCGAUACCUGUAUGCGUGCCAGUAUAUUUCUGGGGAGAAUCUUUCUUCAACUCCCUCUUAGGAUGUUAUUUCCUCCGCUACGUGAUACAAUUGAACGGAACUUGGCUAGUCAAUAGUCUCGCACAUUUGUAUGGCACGAGGCCUUACGACCAAAAACUUCAACCGGUGGAGUCGUGGUUUGUGUCAAUGAUAAGUCUCGGUGAAGGUUGGCACAACUACCACCACGCUUUUCCUUGGGACUACAAAGCAGCUGAACUGACCAUGCAUUUCAACCAGUCAGCCAGUGUCAUCAGAUUUUUCGAGAGAGUCGGACUUGCGUACGAUUUGAAAACUGCCUCACCUGAGAUGGUGGCAAAUAGAAUAAUCAGGACAGGCGAUGGCACUCACUAUGAACUAGGCAACGAAGAGGCCAAGGCAGCAGUGACGGCGUUUGGUCCACUACAUCCUCUCAACCCAACCUUCAACACCACACUCGAGGCACCUGCCGCUAUACUCAAACCUGAAGGACUCCCGCUGUUCAAUGAGAAAGACCUGCUCAAUAUCAAUGUCAAACAGAGAUCCAACAUGGCUGGUUAAGCUUAAAAUGCGGACUAAGACUACAUAUUUUGACAUCCGGAGAGAGAAAUCUUCUUUAUCGUGAUUACGAGUACCCUAGUUUAGAGAUGGCCAGUCAAUACAUGAUUAUAAGGUGGGCAUCCAACGAAAAGUGUUUAAGAAUGCCUGCAUAUUGUACAAUGUUUGAGCCGAAAUUAUUAUCAGUAGUUUCCGCUUGCUUCUGAAUGUUUAAUAUAAGAAAACUGUCCAUGAGGCAAACAGAGGCAUAAUUAUGUAAAAAGUAGAUACGAAAUAUUUUCGUAAGUAUUGUUAGCAAUAAUAAGUUUGACUAUUAACUAUUAAGUAACGUGUGCUUCUCAGCGUUUUGUAUUAUAAUUCGUUUGAAUAAUUGUAAUGAUGUAUGGUGAAAUAAAAUACUUAUAAAAUAUUUUUAUUUAA